CUCGAACCCGACUCUCCUGAAUCCAGACCAAGCUGGCGGACGACACGUCUGUUUUGUAAAAAACGAAACCGGAAACACAUGAUAAAGUGCUCUUGACUCCUUUCUGUUUCGUGGAGCUACGUGGACAAUUUCGACCAAUCGGAGGGCUCUGAGUCACUGCGUCCGCUGAAUGGGCCAAUAGCGUUGCGAGUCGUGGUGCUCGCUCUCAGGAAUGCAUUUCGUCAACAAACGUUAGCUUGCGGCUUCGUAUCAGCUGGAGCUGUCAGCAGCACUCCGCAGUGUCCCUGGCUUCUUUGGUGACCCAGGUGCCCAACAAAAGAAGCCCCAAAGCAGUCAUGGCCACGGCGCAGUGCGUGUUGCUGCUCGCCUUUCAUAUCUUGCUCAUCUCCGAGUUCAUCUUAGCCAAGAGGGACUACUACGACAUCCUGGGGGUGCCCAAAGACGCCUCGGAGCGCCAGAUCAAGAAAGCCUUCCAUAAGCUGGCACUCAAGUACCACCCGGACCGAAAUAAGGGUCCGGACGCCGAGGCCAAGUUCAGAGAAAUAGCUGAGGCGUACGAGACAUUAUCAGAUGAUAAGAGACGACGAGAGUACGACCAGUUCGGCCACGGCCAGUCGGCGCACGGAGGAAAUGCAAAUCACAACUUCCGGCAGCACUACCGCUCGUUCAACAUGGACGACAUCUUCAAGGACUUUGACUUUUUCGGUCAGCAGCAGCAGCAGCAGCAGAACUUCCACACCCAUCAUCAUCAAGCGCACCAGAGGUUCUUCCACGAGGCCUCGGGGAACCAACAGAGGCGUACCUUUGGAGGAGGAGGGGGACUGUUUGAUGACAUGUUUGAGGACUUGGAGAAGAUGUUCUCCUUUAACGCUCACACGACCAGGAAUGACGGCAGAUUCCAACGUUCUACCAAGCAGCACUGCAGGACAGUGACGCAGAGGAGGGGCAACAUGGUGACCACCUUCACAGAGUGCUCCUGAAAGGGGGAGUGGGCUACAAAAAAAAAAAAAAAACACUAACAGGUGGUGGGUUUAGUGUGGCAAUUUAACGCCAAUUUAUCACAAGAUUUUUGGUGACUUUCAGUAUGAGAUUUGUAUUCAAGGAACAAAGUGGGAUUUCAAUCACUUCCAAUUAGGUCAGCUUGUUUACUUGCUCAGGAAUCGACAGAAGCUCGUGCAAUCUUUGCUUCAACAAGCUGCACUGGGCUCUUUGUAUUUGAACAAGCCAGGACUGAAAAAGACACAUUUGAAUGACGAGAGGAGGAAAAAACAAACAAAAAAACAAGCACUUAUGCAAUAUUUUGCUGGAGAUAUUUUCCAAUAUUUUCAUGUUUAAAAACUCAAAAACCUCAAGCUGAUCAUGUGCAAUAUUCAGCGCGUUUUGCUCUUCAUGCCUUUGCCUAUUAUGCACAGACAGUGCUGUCUCAAUAAUGUCUGCACUUUGAGUGUGUGUGUGUGAGAGAGUGUGUGAGAGAGUGUGUGUAUUGGAAGAUGUUUGAAAAUGGAAUAAAGUUGCAACAGGAUGUGGCUCUUUA